AUGCCUGUACCGGGUGCUGUUUAUCACAACCAAGGACCUUCGUGUUUUGAUAAAAUGAAAAUGGGUUUUAUGAUUGGUUUUUGUGUAGGGAUGGCUAGUGGAGGUCUUUUCGGCGGAUUUACUGCAUUAAGGUAUGGAGCAAGGGGGAAAGAGUUAGUACAUUCCGUUGGAAAAGUAAUGCUUCAAGGUGGAGGCACAUUUGGGACUUUUAUGGCUAUUGGAACUGGUAUACGUUGUUGAUUAGUUUUUUAAUGUCAAUAAGUUAUAUAAAUUAGUUUAUGUUACUUUAAA